AUGCGCGCAGGCUGCGUUGCGUGCUCACGCAUACCCAAACUUGGGAUUGCUGCACUUGGCUCCACCACUACCUCCAUGCAAGCGACAUGCCAAGAAACACAAGAGCUGAGGUGUGCUACAACGCAGAUGGCGCCGGCAGUUAUAUUUCCAUUGCCGCCACCGCUACGAGGGAGUUAUAUUGAUCGGAAACCAACUGCCGCUUCUUUCAACGAGCAUCAUGCGACGGCUUCAUUUCGUCACCACAUGAUUGCCAGUGCUGAUGUUUCCCACCGACCUCGUCACUUUUACUUUGCUAGUGGCACCCGCAACGAUACGGGUACGAGAAGCGUAAAGGAAGGCGAACGGAAACAACUGAAGCAGCAAACAAAUGUAGAAGUUGAUUCGGUUGCAUACGGCGAUCAGUUGGACGAACUCAGUGCUCGAUGGGCCGCUAAAUUUUAUGGCCAGGUGACUUUUGGACCCCGCAAUUAUCCAUAUCCCUCGUCACGAUGGUUGGCUCGGCGGUUCCAAAUGAAGAAGCACAGAAUUAUUAAGCGCUUCCGCUUCCGUCGGUACAAAUUAGCCGCGGUGGCUAACCUUCCUUUUGCAAAGAUGAUACGCGUGGGUAUGUUACCGGAAUUGAAAAGCAGCAAGACAAAGAGGGGUGAUGUGGUGGAUCCUACACUCAGUGGUCAGUUGGUGAGUGCUGUGAAGAAUACUGGAGAGAAGCGGAAGGGGCAACGGACCCGCCCCAAAUCUAAGUAUCAAGUGUAG